ACUAUCUUCACCGGCUUUUCUCUCCCCAGUCCAAACCAACAAUCCUGGUAUCAUCUUUACCAGUGACCCAUCAUCACAUCACUCAACAUUUAUCUCGUCCACGACGUCAAGACAAUUCAGGACGGCACAAGGACAAAACUAAAACCGAAACAAAUCAUUUUCUUCCUCUUCAACAUCCACCUGUGCUCUGUCUAUAUCCCGACGCGAGACCAUUACCAACCUGGCCCGCUCCCAUACCACCACCAUGACGCGAUCUUCAUCAGACGAGCCUCCCAAGAGCACCAUCACCAAACGAAAGGGCACUCGCAGCGUGUCGACUUUGAAUCCGGCACAGCUAGCCCGCAAGAGAGCAAACGAUAGAGAGGCCCAGCGCGCCAUUCGGGCGAGAACAAAAGAACACAUCGAAAGACUCGAGAACGAACUCGCCGAACUCAAGAGCCAGCAGAAUCGGGACCAGACACAGACCGUCCAAGAGCUAUUGCGGAGGAAUCGGGCACUUGAAGAGGAGAUCAUGCGCAUGCGGGAAAGCCAGCCGGUUGGACAGUCGUAUACAAGGAGCUCAGUAUACGACGAGAGCCUCCCUCCUGUCAGCGGUCCGGUCCCGAGCGCACGCUCUUCUCCUUUUCCCGCCCCAGGCACCUACGCUGCAAUGCCCGAGCUGGGCCCCUCCUACGUACCUGUCCCCGAAGCCACCGAGCCCUGGGGUCACGGCGUUCCUGGCGUACCGUCAGCCGUCUCGAGCCCAUCGUCCUCGGCCAACACAGAUGAAUACGGCGCAGCCGCCGCCUAUAUUCCCACUAGCAUUCCAGCCCCUCUGCUAGACGCCAGGAGCGUCCCCAAUGCUGGCGCUGCCGCUGCCGCUGCGGCGACCGCCACCGGAGGGCCAUUGGAUUUCGAGGAAGUAGAUUCUGGUAAGCAACAACCCUCUAUUCAACCACGCUGGAUACCCGCCGUCCCAUCGCAACUGCAACACCCCCAGCAACGUGUUCUUCCCACACGAGCCGUGGAACAUGUACACCACAACUCUGUACUUCCAACACCAGCCGUCAGCCCACUAACUCGGUAUCCCGCCAUCCCUUUUUGGGAGCUGCCGUCUUUGGUCACGCCGCCCACUUGCGCGGCCGAUCAGUGGCUGGUUAGCUUCAUCCGGGACUGCCGGCGUCUGGCGCAGGCGCAGGUGCAGGCGCAGCGGCCCCGACCCCGACCCCUCGAUGCCCUCCUCAGACCACAGAGGCUCAACGUCAAGGCAUUGCUCGAAGGCCGGCUUCUGUCGCCAGCCCACCCCGCACCGCGUGUUCAAUAUGCCGACCUCGAACGUGCUCUCGACCCGACAAUGCCUACGGCACCCGACCACCCGCUCGUGGAGCUCAUCGGAGCCCUCCUCGACACGGCGGGUGCCACAGGCGCACUCGAGCGGCUCGGCCUCUCGGUGCCGCUCCAGCGCCUGCUGGCCUGGUUAGCCCAACCCACGCGCGAAGCGUACCAGGCCUUGAUGCCGGACCACAUGCCGCGGCCCAGCCAGCUGACCGUACCUCACGGCCAGUGGAUCGACCUCAUCAUCCACGGGCCGCUACGAGACGCCGUGGUGGAGCGGCAGGAUCUCUAUGGGAAUGACGAGUUUCAGUUGCUCUACGCGUCCAGCUUGCGUCUCGCCAACUGGCCCGGCCACCUUGUGGACGCCAUACACGCCGAUCCUGUGACGGGCGAUGUUUGGCUCGUCGAUGGCUUCGCGGCGCAUGCUAUGCGCUCCGAGAACUGGCGUCUGCAUUCCGCCUUUAUACACCGCUACCCCGGGCUGCAAGGUUUGGUCGGGACAAUCGACUGAGUAGGGUUGUUUUUCUUCCUUUUCUUCUUUUUUUUUCUUCCUUUUUUUUUUCUUCUUUUUUUUCUUCUUUUUUUUCUUCUUUUUUUUUCUUCUUUUUUUUCUUCUUUUUUUUUCUUCUUUUUUUUUCUUCUUUUUUUUUCUU